AUGGACCAGGACACCUGUUGGGCAUCUUACGGCAAAUCCUGCGAUGACGGUCCGCAGCCGGGUCCAGACCCGAAGCCCACCAUGGAACCCGGAACUCUGAAAGUGGGCAAUUGGAUCAAGACCUGGAAAACCAAUUUGCUGACUCCGGAGCCUUUAGAAGUCGUGAUUUGCUUCUCGGGAUGGGCCAAGCUCUCAACAGCCUUGGACGAGUGCAAGCGCGUCAAGGGAUCAAUGCCCGCGGGACCACUGUGGCUGUCGAUUGGUGGUGGAAACUGUGACGCAGGGAGUGGUGGAAGCGUAGCCUGGUCUCAAGAGAUCCUCCAGGAUUUCUUGGACAACAUUGGAAAGGUGGAUCUUAGCAGCUAUAAAGGUGUCAUGUUCGAUCUGGAGACCAAUAGUGGCGGCUGUAGGGCUGCCAUCGCCGCCGGCCGGUCUUCGGCAUGUGGUGCCAGCAGCGGCACUGACUACGGCACGUCACCCUCAGCGGACAUGUUCGUGCAAGCAUACAAAGCGGUCCAGGCGCUUGGAAAAGGUGUGGCUGUAAGCUGGUCCUAUCAGAUGCCCUACUGCAUGGACAACUCUGCUGAGAUCGUGAACACUGCGAUUCACAAUGAUGCGGUGAAAUACGUGAGCCCACAGAUGUAUCAAGGCGGCAAAUUUACAAGCAAUGAAUAUGCACCGGCGGUAUGGAACGGAAACAGCAAAGUGGCCUAUACGGACUACCAGAACGUGAAGGGCGAGAUUUGGCCCUCGUACACUCUGGCGGACUUUCAUUACGACACAAGCGAAAAUCUGAAGACUAUGGGGACCAUGCAACAGGACAUGAAGGCAUGGGCCAAGGAUAAAAACAUCCAGGCCUUCAUAGAGAGCCCAGGCUGUGUGGCUUAUCAAAACCAGUAG